UGCAGGAAUCCCUUCUUUACUUAUCAGAGAUCGCACCACACCACAGCAUCUGUUAAGCCGUGUUUCCAUCACAUGUAGUUAGUUACGUGACCUUAAUUAGGUUUUACAACACCCUGUAUCAAUUGUGAUUUGUGAGCGUAGGUAGAGCUUCUGCUGCGAGGGUGAUCGUUCGGGUGGAGCUUGAGAGGUUUUGUGAUUUGAUUUUAUUGUUUUCGUGGCCACAAAGGUUUGACGCGCUAUUCCCUGGACGAUCGUUGCAUGGUGCAUUGGUGUGAGUUUUUGCGAAGGAGGAGUUGAAGUCGUAAGCUGAUGGCAAGUCGGUGAAGGGCAAGUCGCUAGUGGCAAGAAUAAUGGCGUUUCACACGGCUUGCCUGUUUACGUGUCGAAAAAUAUGUUACUGCACUUUGGGGACGCCGGCGCCGCUGCGGGCACAGAGCGGUCAGAAUGAGUUUCUGCGAAGAACAGCAGCCCUGCAGAAGCUUGUCUCAAAUCCUCGUCUUAUGCUUGGCGGAGGUCCGGAGUACGUUGAAAUUACGGUUCCACCCUUGCCCAACCAACCUAAGAAGAACUUAGAGGAGCCAACGAUUGAGCAACUUGAUGAUAGUGGGGAUGAUGGCGUAACUAAACGCGCUGGCACUCGUAGAAAGGCGACAUUUUCCAUAGUUGGUCCGGCAGACUCUUCUAUAAAAGGCAGCCACAGUAAGAAGCUUGAAGCUGCUAAGUAUGCAUCGCGACAGCAUGCAUCUAGAGAGGCAUCAGCCAAUGGUUGGGCGGACCGAGAACGGGCUGGAAUGCCAGUACGUGGUGGCUCAGAUGAAGAAUUCAAUGAGGAGGGGCAUUUCGAGUCAUUGUUCCCACAGGUUGUGUGUGGACUUUGCGGUUGUGGUGAAGCUAUUGGCAGUGAUAAGGCAGGGCGCAUGUUAUCAUGCCAGGCAUGUAGGAAACAAUAUCACCGCAAAUGCACUAAGUAUUGGGCUGAACAUAGGGAUCUAUUCAACUGGGCUUCAUGGAUGUGUGGUUCCUGUCGCGUCUGUGAGGUUUGUUUGCGAUCAGGAGACUCAAACAAGUUAAUGUUCUGUAAGAGAUGUGAUCAUGCAUACCAUUCCAGUUGCUUGCACCCUCCUCUCAAGCAUGUCCCAAAAGGGCCCUUUGUUUGCCCCAAACAUGUCCGAUGCACAAGUUGCAACACCACCGUGCCUGGAGGCGGCGUGAGUUCUAAGUGGUUCUUGUCUUAUUCCUUAUGCGAUGCAUGUGGAAGACUCUUUACAAGAGGAAAAUAUUGCCCGAUUUGCUUAAAGGUUUACCGGGAUUCAGAACCAGCACCUAUGGUCUGUUGUGAUGUUUGUGAACAUUGGGUACACUGUGAGUGUGAUGGGAUCAGUGAUGAAAAGUACCAAGAAUUUCAAGUGAAUUCUCAACUUCGUUACAAAUGUGCUUCUUGUCGGGGUGAAUGUUACAAGGUCGCAGAUUUAGACGAUGCUGCAGUAGAGAUUUGGAGAAGAAAGGAUAUCAGAGAUGCUACACAAAUAGCAGAAAUUCGAGCUGCUGCAGGUUUACCGUCUCCAGAGGAAAUAUUGAAGGCUUAUCCAUCUUCUGACGAAGAGGAUCGUGAGCGUGAUAGUAGUGAAGUAGAAGAAGCUUCGAAAAGAUCAGCCAAGAAGAAAGUAAAGAAGGCGCCACUUGGAACUGAGAGUCUGACUAAGAACAAUAAAACGCCAAAAAGGGCAGCAAUCAAAGAUGGCUCAAAACCCAAGAGUACACCAAGUAAAGUGGAUGGAGUGUCUGACAAACCGAUCCUUACUCUGUCAGCUGUAGAUUCAAAAAAAACCACUAUCCUCACGAAGAAGUUCAAGAAGGGUUCCACUAGUGGAGAUGGACUAGAGAAGACACUCCCAAACAAAGAUCUUGUGUCCACCUUAAGUGCUGAGGACAAGGACGCAGAUGAGAUGAAGAAAAUGGUUCCUCCCCCUGAUGUUCACAUUGGGUUGGAGUCUCUCAAAGAUAAGAAGAGGAAGAGCGACAGUUCAAAGGAGAAAAGCUCCUCCACCAAAAGGAGACGGAGUUCAAAAGCUGGUGAUCUGGACAGUGCCAAGAAUCUUACUAUACAGGAUGAUUCAGGGAAGGCUAAGAAGGUGAAAAUAUCAAAUGGUCAAGAGGUCGCUGGUAGAGAAGAUAAAAGCGAAGUUCCAACUACUAGCACCGAGAUACCUUUGGCGCAAGAAGGUUUUCAUGUAUUUAAUGGCAAGAGUACAAGAGAACGCGCAUCUAUCAAAGUGGCAAGGAUAGAGGCCGACCUCGAUUCAAAGUUGGCAAGGAUUGAAGAAGCAGCCAGCAGGCUGGAGCCUCAACUUGAAGUUGGUGCUACAGAUAACUCUGAGGAUGCUCAAGAGUCUCAACCAGGCCAAUGUAGUUCUCCAUUGCAUUGGGUUGGACACUCUGAUAGUGUCCGGAGGCGGCGUAUACCAAGCUCUAAAUAUCGUGAUAUGGACACUAGUGCGUGGCGUCAUGGACGCAUGAAUAAGGAUCUUUCCUCUGCACAAAAUCCUGUACCAGAGAUUGCUCAAACUUCUAACAAAGUGCAAACUUCUGAAGAUUUUCAAACAGUGCACCAAGAAAAGUCACGUGAUGUAGAAGACAAUAUUGAUAAUGAUGAUCUUUCAGAGGCUCCUCGAAAGCGACUUAAAGUGACGGAUUUACCAGAGAAGAAGUCAGAAGGUUUGCUCUUGCAUAGCUCUCCAGGAAGUGAUAGUCCCGUUACAAGGCGUUUACGAUUAAAAAUUAAGAAACAACCUGCUAGGGAGGUUGUCAUACCUACAACAAGCAAAGAUAACAAGGCAAGUGAACAUGAUGGAGAGUUAGCAAUAAAGGCCCAUCAGACUUCGAAGAAAAAGCGCACUGCAACACCACAAAGAAAUGCCGAAGGUUCCACACAAAGGCGACUUGCGAUUGGAGAUGCCACCGAUGACGACAGUUGGAUUUUACAACGUCUAGGCACAGAUGCAAUUUCAAAGCGUGUUGAAGUUUUUUGGCCCAUUGACAAUAUUUGGUACAAAGGUACCAUAGUGGCUGUAUUUUCUACACAAUUCUGUGUGGACUAUGAUGAUGGUGAUCAAGAAACUCUUGAAUUCGGCAAAGAGAAAGUUCGGUUGCUCUCCACUACUAAAAAAAUAGCUAGUUAGGUUUGUCUUAGUUUUUGGAUAGACCCCAUUGAUACAAAACUUUAGAGUAGCUGCAUAAAAUAAAUUUGUUUGCAAAUGACUUUUAAGAUUUUGUUGUAAGAUUGGGAGCUUGCUAAUUGGGAACACUUGGUUUUCUAUCAUUGACAAUGCAAAUAUAUCUUAACUAAUUGUUAAAACUCAAAAUAUUUCUAAUCCCA